UAUUUUGUUAUCUGAAGUCCAACUCUUUUCACUUUACACUCUUUUUCCAAUUCCUCAGUUACGGUCGAGGGUCUAGUGAUUCGAGCCCAUCCAAACACCCCCCGAAUCGACCUCGCCAAUCCCUCAACGAGAGGGGAAAAGCUCCCGCUUCCUUUUCCGCCUAUACAUACAAACCUGAGUAUACGGCAAAAUCGACACAACGAAUGGGUUGUCACCCAUUCGAUUAACGAGGUUCCUUUUUCAACGGGCGCAUGAGCUGCAGACGCAGCUUGCAUUGAUUGCGCAACGACACGAUGCUUUACAUUCGCCUUUUCUUUGCCAUUGCGUUGGUUUUGUUGCCGUUGGUGUUGGCGGCGGAAGAUUACUAUAAGGUGUUGGGGCUGGAUAAAUCUGCGUCGGAGAAGGAUGUCAAGCGGGCGUAUCGGAAUUUGAGCAAGAAGUUUCAUCCUGAUAAGAAUCCAGGUGAUGAUGCCGCUCGGGAUAGGUUCGUCGAGAUAGCCGAUGCUUACGAUGUCCUAUCUACGCCUACAACUCGCAAAAUCUACGACCAGUACGGCCACGAUGGAAUUGAACAACACCGACAGGGAGGACAGGCCGGACGACCCGCCAACGAUCCGUUUGAUUUGUUUUCGCGCUUCUUCGGCGGUGGAGGACACUUUGGUCAUGCCCCGGGUCAUCGACGAGGACCGGAUAUGGAGAUGCGCGUUGGGGUUCCCUUGCGCGACUUCUACACAGGUCGGGACAUCCAGUUCGUGCUUGAGAAACAGCAGAUCUGUGAUACGUGCGAAGGAACGGGAUCCGCGGACCGUGAGGUGGUUACCUGUAACCAGUGCGGAGGACGCGGAAUGGUGAUCAGGAAGCACAUGCUGGCGCCGGGCAUGUUCCAGCAGGUCCAAAUGGCGUGUGACAAGUGCGGAGGACAAGGGAAGCAGAUCAAGAAGCCGUGUCCCGUGUGUCAUGGGCAACGUGUGGUACGCAAGGAUGUCGAUACCUUCGCAACCAUCGAACCGGGUAUGGACAAGGGCACGCGCAUUGUAUUCGAGAACGAAGCCGACGAGAACCCGGACUGGAUUGCGGGCGAUCUGGUCCUUGUUCUGGAGGAGAAGGAACCCGAGAUUGCCGAAUCGGAGGAACAACGCACAGAUGGCACAUUCUUCCGUCGUAAGGGACGGGAUUUGUUCUGGAAGGAGGCUCUCUCGCUGCGCGAGGCGUGGAUGGGCGAGUGGACACGCAACGUCACCCAUCUCGACGGACAUGUUGUCCAACUAAGCCGAAAGCGCGGGCAGGUCGUCCAGCCCUUGUCCGUGGAGACAGUCAAGGGUGAGGGCAUGCCGUUCUGGUCCGAGAACCCCGUCCAUGGUCAUGAAGAGAACCAGGAACCCGGUAAUCUCUACGUCGAAUACACCGUUGUGCUGCCCGAUCAGAUGGAAAGUGGUAUGGAGAAGGAUUUCUUCGCUUUGUGGGAGAAGUGGAGGAAGAAGAACGGUGUUGAUCUGGGCAAGGAUAGCGGCCGACCUAUGCCUUCGUCGGUACCAGUCAAGGAUGAGUUGUGAUGAUAAUCUAAGUGAAUUAUUGCCUUGACACUUGGACUAGACUAUAUUUGCCUGUCCGAGGGCCAUGCAAGGUUGUGACCACGCAAUAAGAUUGUAUAAAUAGUGAUUCAUAGAGAGCUUAUGUGAUACCUUUGAAGACUGCAUUUUGCGACGAACUCAUGGUGCCUGCCUACUUUAACGGCCGAAAAAGAUAAGUAUCUGAAUUAACGAAAUCGCACAAAAAAAA